UCGGUUAGUUGCCAACUGCCAGUUGGCCAGAAAAGUUCGCCAUGCGAUACACUUGUCUGCUGUUCAUCGCUGUGGUGGCUCUGGGAGAUGUGGGCUGUGCCACUCCUCGUCUGCCCAGCGCCGCAGAGCCAGCCAAGAUACUGGAGUCGCUGAGCACCAUCAGGCAGAACAGCUUCCUCGACUGGAUCACCUCGAUCCUGGGCCCGGAGUACUCCGACUCUGGUGUGCCGGCCAAGCGGCAGUGCGCUGCCUGCGCCUGCGGCAACAUCAACACGCGCCACCGCAUCGUCGGGGGCCAGGAGACGGAGGUGCACGAGUAUCCCUGGAUGGCCAUGCUGAUGUGGUUCGGCAGCUUCUACUGUGGCGCAUCGCUGGUGAACGAUCAGUACGCCGUGACCGCAGCCCACUGCGUCAAUGGGUUCUACCAUCGUCUGAUCACGGUCCGACUGCUGGAGCACAAUCGCAUCGACAGCAAUGUGAAGAUCGUGGACAGGCGGGUGGCGCGUGUGCUCAUGCAUCCUGGGUACAGUACCCGCACCUUUGACAGCGACAUUGCCCUCAUCCGCUUCAGCGAGCCGGUGCGUCUGGGCAUUGACAUGCAUCCCGUGUGCCUGCCCACGCCCAGCGAAAGCUAUGCCGGACAGAUGGCCGUCGUCACCGGCUGGGGUGCCCUGAGCGAGGGCGGACCCGUCUCGGACACUCUGCAGGAGGUGGAGGUGCCCAUACUGACGCAGCAGGAGUGCCGGGACAGCAACUACGGCGAAAAGAUCACCGACAACAUGAUCUGUGCUGGACUGGUGGAUCAGGGUGGCAAGGACUCUUGCCAGGGCGACAGCGGCGGACCGAUGCAUGUUCUGGGCGCCGGCCAAGCCUAUCAGCUGGCGGGCGUUGUGUCCUGGGGCGAGGGCUGUGCCAAGCCCAAUUCCCCCGGCGUCUAUACUCGUGUGAGCAACUUUAACGAAUGGAUCGAGUCCAAUACCCGCGAUGCCUGUGCCUGUUCCCCAUCCGGGGAGCAGGAACCAGCCGAACCAGUCUCCUCCACCAUCACCACCGAGCAGGCAGUGGCAGAAUCGGAGAACACCUCGCCGGCAGGACAAACCGGCGAAGAUCCUGAAGUUGAGGAAGCUAAUAAAUUGAUCUAAGAUUACACAUUUUCUUUCCACUUACAUAUGCCCAACAGGCGAGUAAUUCUACGAGUAAUAAAGGCAAUUUGCCC